AUGUUAAUUCCAAAUGAAGAUAGAAGAAAAAUCCAUCAAUACCUCUUCCAAGGUAUGUAAUAGAUCAUUUGAACUGGGACUUUUGAGCUUUGAAAGAACAAGAAUGAAUAUUUGAAUGAAAUUUAGAGUGAAUAAUUCAGGAUACUUCAAUAUUGAAUACUUUCAAAUAUCCAAAUAUCCUUUUCCAAAGUUUUAAUACUAACUAGUGAAUAUAGAAGGUGUUGUAGUUGCUAAAAAAGAUUUCAAUCAACCAAAACAUGAUGAAAUUGAUACUAGAAAUUUAUACGUCAUCAAGGCUUUACAAUCAUUAACAUCAAAAGGUUUUGUUAAAACUCAAUUUUCAUGGCAAUAUUAUUACUACACCUUAACUGAUGAAGGUGUUGAUUUCUUAAGAACAGAAUUAAACAUUCCAGAAGGUAUUUUACCAUUAACCAGAUUAAAAAAUGCUCCAGCUGAAAGACCAAGACCAUCAAGAGGUGGUCCAAGAAGAGGUGGUUACAGAGGUAGAGCAAGAGAUUAA